AUGUCGGGGGUUCCGUCUGGCCUGUGGCAGAACCUCAUCGCGCUGCAGGUCUAUGGUGCCAAUACCAAUGUCGGCAAAACAGUCUUCUCCACCCUCCUAGGCGCCCAUUUUGUCCGAAGAGCAGGGAAGCGGAAAUGGAGCCUGCACUAUAUCAAGCCUGUAUCGACGGGGCCCAUAGAAGAUGCUGAUGAUUCAUAUGUCAAGAGACAUGUAGAGGGCGCGUCCGUCACCACACUCUUCCAGUUCAAGGAACCUGUGAGCCCACAUAUUGCAGUGCGGGGCGCGAACUUCGUCCCUACAGAUGACUAUCUAGUCAGGCGAGUCCACGCCAAAAUUAAGAAAGAUGCGGGCAAAUUAUCCUGGGAGAGGCACAUGGGCCUCACCAUCGUAGAGACAGCCGGCGGUGUGCUCAGCCCUGGGCCAUCUGGAGCACCCCAAGCGGACAUCUUUAGGCCAAUGCGACUACCUGUCAUCCUGGUCGGCGACCAUCGCCUUGGAGGUAUUGCCUCUACGAUAUCUGCGGCGGAAUCACUGACCCUUCGUGGUUAUGAUAUCAGUGCUGUCAUUUGCUUCGACGAUAAGGGCAAGUACGAGAAUUCCGACUAUUUGCUGAAGUACUUCGGGAACAUGGAUAUCCCAGCAUUCACAAUACCCUGGAUACCUCAGCUAGAGGGCUACACACAGGAACAGGAACGCGCAACCAUGCGCGAAUACUACGAAAGGCAAAGUUUAACCGAUGGAAUGUACAAGCUCGCUGAUUUCAUUGUCCAACGUCAUACCGAGCGCCUCACCACUAUGAACAAGUUGGCCAGCCGCACGCGAAAAACUAUUUGGCAUCCUUUCACGCAGCACAAGACCAUAGCGAACACCGACGACAUCUUAGUCUGGGACUCUGCAUACGGCGACUACUUCCAAGCGAGGCACACACCAACUUCCCUGAAAGGUAUCAAAGAAGAGGAUGCAGCUGGAAAAUUGCUUCUCUAUCCUGCUUUCGAUGGUUCCGCAUCGUGGUGGACACAGGGUCUCGGCCACGGAAACCCGCGGCUGUCUCUUGCCGCCGCAUACGCAGCAGGACGAUACGGCCACGUGAUGUUCGCCGGUGCCACGCAUGAACCUGCAGUGAUCCUCGCCGAGACGCUACUGAAGGGUACGGAUAAUCCCCGUCUUGCGAAGUGCUUCUACACGGACGAUGGCAGCACCGCUGCCGAGGUUGGUAUCAAGAUGGCACUCAGAGCGACGUGUAAGCGUUACGACUGGGACGGCUCAAAAGAAAAUAUCGAAAUUCUUGGCCUUAAGGGAAGCUAUCACGGAGACACCAUCGGUGCCAUGGACGCUUCCGAGCCGAACGUGUACAACGAGAAGGUGGACUGGUAUCGCGGCCGAGGAUAUUGGUUCGACUUCCCGACCGUGAAGAUGAAGUCUGGAGAGUGGAUGGUCGAACCUCCGAAGGGCAUGGCGAAGGAGCUUGGUGCCCCUGAGUUCUUCACCCAUCUGGAUGACGUAUUCGACUUCGAUGCCAGAGGCCCGGGCCAAGGGCGCCGUUGGUGGCUGUACGAGCAGUACAUCAAGGAGAGGUUGGAUAUACUUGUCAAACGACAGGGCAGGAGAUUCGGUGCUCUGGUCAUGGAACCCAUACUCCUCGGGGCCGGCGGCAUGCUCUUCGUUGAUCCUCUCUUUCAGCGUAAGCUCGUCGAAGUGGUCCGCGCCUACCAAUUCAGCGCACAAGAGGUCAUCCCACCUUCAGACCCCCUUCACUGGACCGGCGUGCCCGUCCUCUUCGAUGAAGUCUUCACGGGCCUCAACCGCCUCGGCCACUUCACACCCUCGUCCCUCCUUGCCGUCCACCCUGACAUCUCCAUCCAUGCGAAGCUCCUCACCGGUGGCCUUCUCCCCCUCUCGGUCACACUUGCCAGCAAAGCUAUCUUCAACGCCUUCCUCUCGCCCUCAAAGUCUGAUGCUCUUCUCCACGGACACAGCUACACCGCACACCCCAUCGGCUGCCACGUUGCCAACACUUCGCUUAAAGAGAUGGAAGUGCUGAAAAAUGGUUUUGCGUGGAAGAGUUUUAGGCGGAAGUGGAGACGGGAGAGUGGGCACAGGGGGGGACACGUGGUCAAAAGGUGGAGUAUGAGAGGAAGGCUGAACGUGGAUGACGGAGCGAAGACAUGGAGUAUGUGGGGCAAGCCGUUGGUGGUGUGGCUGAGUUACCACACGGCCGUUGACCACGUUGUUGCUAUAGGCUCUGUGCUCGCCGUUGCUCUGAAGGAUGAGGAAGGUUCUGCUGCCGGAUUGCGCGAUGCGCUGCUGAACGACAGGUCGUAUACGGAAGUCAGCGUGCACUCGCGUGUGCUUGGAAACGUUCUAUACCUUAUGGCGAGCUUGACGACGUUGCCGAAGGACUUGGAUGCUGUGGGUGAUGCGUUGAAGCAGAAGUUGGAUAGCGUGAGUGGCAUCACAAGAGGUCAAAGGAACAAUCGGAAGCAUGUUCAAGACAUCACCUGGAUGAAAUAUGCAGAGUAA